AUGGCUUUGGAUGUGGGUAUCCAAUACAUGGGAAUUUCUUAUAAUGAGCUUCUUAAAGCUACCAAUGGAUUUAAUAAUUCCACCAAUUUGCUUGGCGUGGGAAGUUUUGGUUCUGUUUAUAAGGGAAUUCUUCAACAAGAUGAAUCAAAACCUGUUGCUGUCAAGGUCCUGCACCUUCAUCAAAGAGGUGCAACCAAGAGUUUCAUGGCAGAAUGUGAUGCCCUCAGGAAAGUUAGACACAGAAAUUUACUCAAGAUCAUUACUUGUUGCUCAAGUACUGAUUUCAAAGCUGCAUCUGACAUAAACACUGAUGAGCAGCUGUAUCUGAAGCACUUGGGUGUGGAAAGAAGAUUGAACAUCGCAGUCGAUGUUGCUUCAGUACUUAACUGUCUUCACCAUGAUUGUCAAUCACCCAUUGUUGAUUGUGAUUUGAAGCCAAGCAAUGUCCUACUUGAUGAUGAUUUAACUGCACAUGUUGGUGAUUUUGGGUUGGCUAAGUUCAUUUCUAAUCCCUCCAGUUAUUCUCGACAGCUGAAUGAGCGCGAGAUAAGUCCAAUUGCAAUAAAGGGUUCCAUAGGUUAUGUUUCCCCUGAUAGAAUGAGGUUAUUGUAG